GUGUGUGAGAGAGAAGGAGAGAGAGUGAGAGUGUGUGUGUGUGUGUGUGUGUGUGUCUGUGUGUGUCUGUGUGUAUAUGCGCGCAAGCGCGCGCGCGUACGUGUGUGCGUGCGUGUGCGUGUGUGAGAGCGAAUAUGCCGUCGUUGUGGGAUUGUUGUCACUUCUGCGCGACACAGUGAGAAAUACACACGAAGACCAAGAGGAGCGGCCGGUGUCCAGCUAUGGGAAGCCAAAUAACGCGUAACGCCUUGUAUGAUUCCCUAGGUGGCCCGUUCCCUCCAUCCACUCACCGAUGCCACCAAAAGCCAAAGCGCUGUUCGCCCCUACAGCCGUGUAUGGGCAUUUCAGUCAGCCCGCUGCUCUUCCACCCCAGUGCCAAGGGCUCACAGAUCGUCAUGGACGUGGCUCAGAGGACGGUCAAAAGACAGGCCAGCUUUUGCAACGCUAUCACCUUCAGCAACAGACCAAUCGCCCUGUACGAACAGGUCCGCCUCAAGAUCACGAAGAAGCAGUGUUGCUGGAGCGGUGCUCUGCGUCUGGGCUUCACCUCCAAAGACCCAUCACGCAUCAACCCCGACAGCCUGCCCAAGUACGCCUGCCCAGACCUGGUGUCUCAGAACGGUUUCUGGGCCAAGGCACUGCCUGAGGAGCUAGCCAAUGAAGGCAACCUCGUCGCCUUCUGGGUGGACAAGAAAGGCCGCGUCUUCUACAGCGUUAACGGCUCCAGUCCCAUGCUGUUUUUCAGUGGCGUGCGCACCACCGAUUCUCUAUGGGCACUCAUCGAUGUCUACGGCCUGACUCGAGGAGUCCAGCUGCUCGACAGUGAGAUCGUCCCUCCAGACUGUCUCCGUCCUCGCUCUUUCACUGCAGUACGAGGCUCCUCGUCCCUGCGCCGUGAGGCCGAAUCCUCCCGCCUGUCUGUCAGCCUCUGCGACCUCAACCUGGCUCGAGACGAGGCCAGACUCCGCCUCCCGUCUGCUCCCAUCCCCUCCUCCCGCCCCAUUCCGCAGAAUUCGCUGAACUCUUUCCUCCCAGCCGCCCUGGAAGGCGAGUUGCGUUUCCACCAGCUGCGUGGCACCCAUGUCAAGGCUGUGGAUGAGCAGACGGUGGCCCGCUGCAGUCACGGGCAUGAAGAAGAGGGCACGCUUGUAUUCACAGAGCGUCCAUUGCGCCUCUCAGAGACCAUCUACAUCACAGUGAGCAAGUCAAGUCUAGCUCGCUCAGGCUCACUCUCCUACGGUGUGACCUCAUGUGACCCCGCCACACUACGCCCAAUGGAGCUCCCCUCGAACCCAGAGGAGCUGGUGGACCGCAAAGAAUUCUGGGCUGUGUGCAAGGUGUCCUCUUCGCUCCACUCCGGAGACGUCCUGAGCUUCCUGCUCACACAGGAAGGGGAGCUGAUCCUGACCCAGAAUGGUACCAACGCGGGCAUGCAGGCCUGUGUUGAUAACUCCCGCCCACUCUGGAUGUUCUUUGGACUUCAUGGUGCCAUCACACAACUAAGGAUUUUAGGCUCCAUCCACCCAAGCGAUACUCAAGGCUCCUCCAGCCCAAGCUCAACCUCUUCUUCCUCACCAAACUCUCUUGGAGCAGGUCUUUGCAGUGGCAGCUCAGAGCCAACUAUAAAUGCAGGCUGUACCAGGGCGUUCUGCACAUCUGCCACAGGAACAUCCCCAAACUCACCCAUCCACCUCACCAAGUCCCCCACCUUCCCGUCAUCCUCCAGCUCAUGGCUGGAUGAAUGCUCCAUCUGCUAUGAGAAUGCAGUGGACACGGUUAUCUACGCGUGCGGUCACAUGUGCCUGUGCUACAGCUGUGGCCUGCGCCUCAAAAAGAUGGCCAACGCCUGCUGUCCAAUCUGCAGGAGGGCUAUUAAAGACAUUAUAAAGACCUACCGGAGCACAUAGGAGCUAUAUUCCACUUCUGUAAUACACCAAAUGGUGGCCCAAGAGGGCCAAGACAAAGACACAUAACGAGUCCCUCAUAACAUGGGAAAGAGGCUUCUGGUACAGGGCCAUGCUUCAUGGUUCCCAUGGUGAUGAAUUUGAACCUUAAAGACUCAGGCAUUCAUCCGCAAAAAAAGGUCUCUUAGAGUUUCAUGCACAAGGCUUUGUUGCUACGGUAACCAGUCGUGACGCUGCUCAGGAAAGGAGAAUUCUGACUAAAGUGCUCCACAUAAGUGGAAAAGGAGACGCAAAACUGUAAAUAGCCUCAAGCAAAUCAGGAAGUUCCAGGAGUCAUUAAUGUCUGAAAUAUUAAUAUCUCCAUCUUAUUUUCAACUCUUUCAACUCAAUUUGAGCCAUAAGAGACUCGGAAGAGUCUCGACCUGUUUGCAGAAGUGGAAAGCUGGAAACCAUGUUUAACAGUUGAAAGAUACAGGUGUUUUCCAUCAACCUAUAGGCUGUCGUAGAAAACUAAGACUUUUGCACCAGAUUCAUGUUAAAUAUUUCAGUGUCACAACUUCUGUCUGUGUACAUCUGAGAUUCAGUGAGUCAUUAAUCAAACACACAUGUACAGUACACCCCAAGCCUCACACUCUCAUGCUCACAGAGCUAACGCUUAAGCUAUUAUUCCAGAUAGCUUUCAAAUGCCCUGUGCUUUCAAGUCAUUGUUGAUGUAUUGAAUUGAUAAAAGGACCUUCAAGUACUGAUGACAGUACAACACUGUGUUAAGCAGUGUAACGUGAAGCCUCAGUUCCCUGCUGAAACCAACAAAUUACAGAUUCCACGUGAGAAGCUGGAACUGUUAGUGCAUUACGGACAUGCCUGAUUAGUCAAUAUCUCAUGAUCUUGAUCUCAUGUUAGUUUACUUAAUCAUGUUUUUAAAAAAAUACCAUAAAUGGGAUACAUUUAUGUAUUUAAAGUAUUAUGGCAUUUUUGAGCUACACAUAAGAGCAGCACAAGCUAUAACAGGACUAUCAUGAGGAUAUAGAACUAGCGUACUUUAAUAACGUACUGUUAACAGGAUCGUACAUUAUAGCGGCAUUGUGAGAAAGUCAAAACUAAUGUUUUUUUAAGUGUCAAGUUAGCCAGUUGCUCAGCUGAUGUUUAUUGUAGAUGUUUGAUAUUUGUGUGGUGAUUGUGGGAAACACUCAUGUGGCUGAAAGUUUUCAUCAGAAAUGAGGUUAUGGCCAGAAAUCAUCUUUUAAGAAAUCAUUCAUGUAUUUCACCAAAUUGACACGUAACUGUCUUUAUUUACUUUCUAAUCUCCUUUGGAUCUCUUCCUGUACAAAUCACAGUAAGUAAAGAGCCAGGUUAACAAACACAGCCAUAAAUGCAAUAAAGACAGUUUGCCUAAAGCUGUCUAAUGCCUUAAAGGAAGAAAAGAUCUUAUUUAAUUCCAUUUCAACAAGCAUUUUAUACACACUGGCCACAUUAGAGACACAUCAAACCUAAGCUUGAGUUGCCCAAGACCCUGAUUCACACUUCAUGUCUGUUUCUUUCACUUACAUAAGUAUAUGAUUAAAAAAAAAUACAUGUUUUGUACAGCACACAAUACAGAGAUCAUGAUUGUGCAUAGCAAAGUGUUUGCAAAGUAUGAUACUCAUUUUAUAACCAACUAGGGAAACACAAACAGCGGGGUCGUCUCAUCUCACACACCCCCCCCCCCCCCUUUUUUUUUUAUUAAGAAUAAAACCAUCUUCACGAUACAUCAUCAAGUAGGUUGUGGAGUAUACAGUAGUUCCAGUGCCCUAAUUUGAUUGGUCGAAUCAAAGUGUUUACAACUAAAAUAUGUAAAUACAGUUAGUAUCAGUAAGUAUCGUAGUAUACUCGUAUCGUAGUAUCAGUAAGCAAAGCAAACAGUACUCUUGACUUAAAAUAUGAAAGUUUGUCAGAUAAAGCUGAUAAAAACGAAGGGAAGACAAUAUUUACCUGAAGCAAAAUUAACGGCAAUCAACGUGAGUUAGUUACGGAUAGUUAGCUAUAAAGUAAAUACUGCUUCUUCACGAUCCUUUCCUUCUAGCCGAGCAAAAGUAAACAUUAGCAUUUGGCCAUAUUGAGUUUAAAAUAUCACCUGUCGUUAAUUUCUUUAUAUUUACACUCAACAUCGGCACAGCUGUGAUUACCUACGGCACUAUUGAUAUGCGAUAAUGCUUAAUUAUAAAUUCCUCUAUAGCAAUGUGAGUUACAAACAGGUAUUUAUACUGAAAACAGGCGUUAAUGAGUAACAGGUGAGUCGGCUGUAAAUAGGAGCAUCCCAUUGGUUCGGCUGAGUGGUGGGCGUGGUUAAUGGUUCAGCAAUUAUGGCAGCUCUUUAUGAUUAUUCCAUUAAUUAUGAAAUGUUAGUCCAUUAGAAAUGACUAGGAGUAUAAAUUGAUAUACAUUAAAACACUGUUGUUUCUCGUGCCCUAAAGAGACGGUACUUACUGUCUGAACUCCAUGCUUUCUUUGAGUUUCUGGACAUUUCUGCUGAAUCAGUUCACCUGUCAAAAUGGCCGUCAUGCCCCUGCUCUGUCGUCGUGAUGACCAAAGGUUAUGAGAAAGUAGCUUUGUUCAAAAUCACAGUUUAAAAUCUGAAAAGUUGAUGAAGGGUUCAUGUAUUUUUUAAAGACCAGCAAAUUGACAAUUAUUCCUUAGAAAACUGCUGAAAAUUCGUUGUGUAGCUGUAUUUAGUACUGUUGUGUAUUUGAUUAGUAGAAACAGGUGAUUAAACACAGGUGAAUAAACAGGCUUGGCUAAUCCACAUUUAAUAUAAACAUCGAUUUUGAAUUGAACUCGGAGGAGAAACAGUGAAAUGCACCUAUACGUUUUUCCUUUGUCAUUAUUAAUAUGCUCAAAUCAGGUAAAUAACCCUCUUGUCACUGUAGACUCACGGCUCUGUUGACAAAGUGAGUGUUGAAAUCAGCUUUUUGAAGGACUCAGAACAUGCAAUUGAUAUAGAGACGAAAAUCUUUGAGAUGCUCAAACAAUGAAAAGAUCAUUUGUCAGACAAGGAUGUCAACCUUAUCCAUAAUUCACCAAGUAUCCUCUUUAUUCAAGGUUAAAUACGACAAGUUGCAGGAUAACAGCUGCUCGAAGGAAACGAGGUAUUUUGAGCUGUAAAUACGUGUGGUAGUCUAGUGGUUAAGGUGUUGGGCUACCAAUCAGAAGGUUGUGAGUUUGAAUCCCAGGUCCAACAAGCUGCCACUGUUGGGCCCCUGUGCAGGGCCCUUAACCCUCAAUUGCUCAGUUGUAUAAUAAUGGGAUAAGGGCGUCUGCUCAAUGCUGGAAAUGUAGAGGUUUUGAGGAUGAAAGGAGGUGUGAAGAGGAGCUGGCAUAUGGAGGACAAAACAGAGAACAGAAAACAUAAAUUUUGACAAGCCAUUUUGCUUUAAGUUUCACAGAAACUGGUGAUGUGAUAGUACACGCUUUUAACUAAUAUCAGUAACAUUCUCAUAGUUUAACACACCACCAUGUCAGAGAACGGAUCACGGCCACAUAUCAGGGACGUCGUUAUGAAUACUAGCAUCCAGGGCUAAAGCUAAAGCCAGGGCUUUACGUUGCUAUAGCAACAUGGUUAAUUUUCAGGCAGUGUACAAUGACGUGCAUAUGGCUUUACAAGAUUUUUACAUUUUCUGUAUAUAUAUAAAGCCGAGUGUCCUUUUUAGUGUAGUCGAGUCUAGUUAGAAAUGUUUUGUAAUAAUUAGAGCAAGACGGUAGAAAGCCCAGUUUAUUCUUCUUAUCGAAUGAAAAGACCAUGCAAUAUUUUUAUUUUCCACAAAAGACAGCUGUGUGAUUUGGACAGGUUUGGAUUUUCACUUUUAAAUGUUAAUUUAUAAUCCGUGAUCAUGAGCUGAAUUGAUUCUAGCUCCCACUUGCUAUCCGGUGUGUUUCUUCGCUAUGAUACAAAAAAACAAACAGGAUUAUUUUCUCUGGGUGACGCUGUAAUAUAUUUCCUGAAACUAGAUGAAAACUACACUUAGAUUGUGUCCAUGAGCUAUGAUUUGGGCUUUUGCAGUGUACAAUCAUAUUUUACAUAUGUUUCUUGUGGAUACAAGAUAAGCACACGGCACUAGGCAACGUACAAUCUUCAGUUUUGCCGUGAUGUUAAAAAAAGCUGUUUUUUGAAUAAACACAUGUAAUUUAUAAUUGGAGGAAGCACUGCUGCUUCUCCAAAGAACGUUGUUCGAGUCUGAGCUCAAGUUACCGUCUGCAUAAAGUUUGACAUGUUCUUCUCCUGUGUUUGCGUGGGUUUCCUUCAGGCUAUUUUUCCUCUGUUCAAAAACAUGCCACUAGGUGGAUUUGCUGUGCUAAAUUGCCCCUUGGAGUGAACAUGUGUCUGCUUGGUGCCCUCUGAUGGACUGGUGUCUCAUCCAGGGUGUAUGUACCACACUCAAGUGGAUAAGUUGGACAAAUUUAAAACCUGACAGAAAUGCUUGAAAGUGCCGUCCUCGUCCUCUUUAUAAAGCUUGUGAUCGUACAUUUCGAUGAGGAUGGAGUUAUGACCUUUGACCACUUUAUGUUGACCAAAUGUAUUAUCCAGUGAUCGAUCCUGAAGUGAAACUGAUUAUUUUAUGUGAUUAUUUUUUAAACCUGUUCUGAUUUGCCCUGUUGUAUUGAAUUCAGUCAAUUUAGAGUAGAUCUGUACAUUAUGAGAAUCGUCUGCUGAGGACCUACGCGAGCAAACGCCACAGCUAGCUUCACUUCUGAUUGUUGUUAACCCUGUCAUAAUGAGUUUAUUCAUGUAGUGUAUGAUGUGUUGAAUGUUUGAGUAUACGGUACAGACGAUCCCCCUUUUUAACAUCUCAAGUAGCUCUGCAGGAACAUAAUGAUUCAGCUCUUGCAUUGUGACUCUCUUAAAUUCAUUUCCUUUGUGCACCUUAUUAGUUCCAGUUCGUUUCAUUUUUGUACACAGACGAUCACUAAUCAGGUCAUUAGACUUUAAAGGUGCGGUGUGUCAUUUUAACAUCCUUUACUGACUGUGACGCAAAUUGCAAUCGAACCGAAUAUUAAAUCGUUUAUUAACUUUGGUAAACACAUUGAGUUGUGUGUUAUGGAAAAGAUGCAGGGCCAGAAAAUUGUACUAUAUAAAUGUAAAAAAAAAUUAAAUAAAAUGAAGAGUUAUUGUAUAGCAAUAUCAUGAAUAAUAUUUCUUUUCUAAAGAAUCAUUUAAAGCGAUAUUUAUUAAUACUGGAUUUGAAACCUUCUGUACCUUUUAAAAGCUUCAUUCAAAAGUGUUAUUUGGUUCAUCCAUGUUUUUCUUUCCUCACACAGCACAGUGAAGUUGUUUUGCAGUUUACCCCGAGUUCAAAGCCUGAUGAAUCAGUGAUUUAAUGAUCAGAAUCUUGCAGCUUACCCAUUAGAUUAGUUAUUCAGUGUGGGAAUCUUCACAAAAGUCUCCACACAUCGGGGAUUAUGUACGUCAGCUCCACGUCGGUCGUGCCUUUGUCACUGCUCGAAUGAUCCACAACGUGUCCAGUCUUCUUGACUUGCAUUCGUUAAUGCAUUGGGGACAGAGUGGUGUAUCAUGCGCUCACUAUUUUUUCCUAUAUGUCACAAGUCCAUCACAACCUUGAGAGAAUCAUUUCAAUUCUUUUGUCAAAGGCAUUCUUGAAGCCUAUCUGAAAAAGGACAUGUUGCAUUUCCCCAAUGUAAAGAGACUUUUGAGACUCCCUGUAUUUUCUGUUGUGCAAAAGUUGUCCAGGGUGUUUAUUUUUACUCUAGUGCUGCAGACGGUGACUGAUUUGUAAGCUUUGUAUAGUGUGAGUCAUAGAACGAAUGUGUCAAUAAACUUUCCAAAUGUGUUUCAGCUA